GUCGAUGUAUGAUUCUUUCCCUUCCGAAACCCUAGAUCGGAUAAAAACCCUACGCAGCUGACUUUCGCUCUUCCUCUCUCCAUUCACUCAGCGACAGAAAACCGCUUCAUCGAUUCGAAGAAAGAGCUCUGCAUUUUGAAAUCACCAUGUCUCAGGUGGAUAAUCGGAACUCUUCUGCAGCUAAGCGUGCUCGAACUGAUGGGAGUCGCCGCGAAGAUGAUUGGACGUGUCCCAGCUGUGGUAAUGUAAAUUUCUCAUUCAGAACUACCUGCAACAUGCGGAAUUGUACCCAGUCUAGGCCAGCUGAUCAUAACUCGAAGCCUGCUGUGAAGCCUUUGCAAGCUCCUCCAGUUUACACUUCAUCAGCUGCUUAUAUGGGUAGUGGUGCUCCUUCUUCAAUGUACCUUGGUGCACCUCCAUAUGGUUCUUCUCUUUUUAAUGGAGCAUCACUGCAACCGUAUGAUCUUCCAUUUUCUGGAGGCACGGGUUAUCAUUAUGACUAUGGUAGCCGCCUUUCUGUUGGCAGCCCGUAUGGACCACUGCAUCUAUCUGGCCCGUCACCUUAUUCCAGUGGAUCCAUGUUGGGAUCAGGUGGGAUGUAUGGCAUGCCCCCUCUGAUGGACAGAUAUGGCUUGGGUUUGCCUAUGGGCCACGCUGCCAUGGGUGCAAGGCCAGGAGCAUUUCCAAAUGAGAACCAUCAGAAGAAGGGUGCAGAUGCAGGGCGUGACAGUGACUGGACCUGCCCUAAUUGUGGAAAUGUUAACUUCUCUUUUAGAACUGUUUGUAACAUGAGGAAGUGUAAUACACCAAAGCCAGGGACUCAGGCCUCGAAGUCUGAGAAUUCGAAAGGUUCCAAAACAAAAAUGCCAGAGGGUAGCUGGAAGUGCGAGAAGUGUAAUAACAUAAACUAUCCAUUCAGGACCAAGUGUAACAGACAAAACUGUGGUGCAGAUAAGCCAUCUGACUCGAACACGUCCCCAGGGCAGAAAUCUGAUGACGACGACAAGUGAGUACUAGAACCCCUUUUAAGGGUUGAGAAGGUCCAGAGUCGUCGUCGGCGUUGCACACAUGUGGGUCUCUGAAAAAGUCAGUCAUGUGUCGUCGUGUUGCAGCUGUUGUCGAGUUACUCCGCCUUCUCAUGAUCCUUGUCAAGUUGUCAUAUUACCAACAAACCUUGUUUAGCCGGUUUGCUACUGGAAUUUUGGGCGUUUACGGUCUUUAUGGAUUGUUUUUGUUAGAACUGGUUAUAUGUCAGCCGGUUCAAUUUCGGAACUGGUUAUAUGUCAGCCAGGCGAUGUCUUACAGGUUGGUUCUCUUGGGUUGCUUUCAGGUAGACCUUUUUUUUUGUGAUAUUUGAAAUCGUAUCUAUUUUAGUAUUUAGCAGUAUAAUGCUUAGACCUUUGAUAUCAGCUUUUUGCUGGUUAUGGUUAUAGAUAGGAGUUGUGGGGUAACCGUAUGUCCUGGCUUGAACUUUCUGGUUUCAAUUAGACUUGUCUAUUCGGUUA